UCACGUGACUAUUCGUCGGAUCCAAGAUGGCGUCUUUGAAGGACAAACUAGGCAGUAAACUUUCUAUUGGGAAUUACAACCUUGGAGCUACAUUAGGAAUAGGGACCUUUGGAAAAGUUAAAUUGGCUGAACACCAGCUGACAGGACACAAGGUUGCUAUCAAGAUAUUAAACAGGAAUAAGAUCAAAACCUUGGAUGUCGUAGGAAAAAUUAGACGAGAAAUUCAAAACCUGAAGUUGUUUAGACAUCCUCAUGUUAUUAAACUGUAUCAAGUGAUUAGCACACCAACAGACAUCUUCAUGGUGAUGGAGUUUGUGUCUGGUGGAGAACUCUUUGAAUACAUCCUCAAACAUGGAAAGCUUGAAGACAAGGAAGCCAGAAGAUUUUUUCAGCAAAUUAUUUCCGGGGUGGAUUAUUGUCACCGGCAUGCUGUGGUUCACAGAGAUUUAAAACCUGAGAAUCUAUUGCUUGACUCCAACCUUAAUGUGAAGAUAGCUGAUUUUGGUUUGUCUAACAUUAUGAAAGAUGGAGAAUUCCUUCAGACAAGCUGUGGAUCACCUAACUAUGCAGCACCUGAAGUCAUCUCAGGAAAACUGUAUGCUGGACCAGAGGUUGAUAUCUGGAGUUGUGGUGUAAUCCUUUAUGCACUUCUCUGUGGAACGCUUCCUUUUGAUGAUGAACACAUUCCAACUCUUUUUAGGAAAAUUAAAGGUGGAGUGUUUCACAUCCCCCCUCAUCUUAAUCCAAGUAUCAGUAGUCUUAUAUCUAAAAUGUUGCUGGUUGAUCCCAUGAAGAGAGCAACUAUUCAAAAUAUAAGGGAGCAUGAGUGGUUCAAGAAUGGAUUGCCGCCAUACUUAUUCCCAGCAACUGAUGAACAUGAUAAUUCAAUAGAUGAAGAAUGUCUGGCUGAAGUGUCUUCAAAAUUGCACUGUCCAAAAAGUGACAUUUUAGCAGCCAUUAAUUCAGGAGACCCCCAUGAUCAGCUGAGGAUUGCAUAUGAUCUGAUACUGGACAACAAGAAAAUGAGAUUGUUAGCUUUAGAAACGGGUCACAAUGAUCAUUUCUUCUCUUCAGUGUCUCCUCCAACAUCAUCGUUUCAUGUCACAGAAGCAACCAACCCACUGGCUAUGAACCAAAAUCUUCUGACCACAACUACAGGAAGACCUAGGGCAGGUACUCUUCCGACCACACCCACCAAAAAGCAACCAUAUCUGAAGCUGGCACAAGGGAAGAGACCCAAGUGGCACUUAGGAAUUCGAUCUCAAAGUAAACCAAAUGACAUUAUGUCAGAAGUGUACCGUGCUAUGAUUAUGCUUGGAUAUGAAUGGAAAUUGGUAAAUCCUUUUCAUCUUCGUGUUUUGGGCAAAAACAAAGUCUCUGGAAAGACGACCAAAAUUAGCCUACAGUUGUAUCAAGUGGACCACAAGAGCUACUUACUGGACUUCAAAAGUCUUGCAUCACCUGCAAGUAACGAGCAGUUGGCUAGUUUUGGCUCUGGAAAGUCCUCAAGAAGAUCCUCUGCUAACUCCUCGUUCAGCAGUCUGAAGGAUUGCGCCAACCAACCAAACGAGCAAAUGGGCAAUAGUUCAGGAUCCCACCAUACUCUGGAUUUCCUGGAAAUGUGUUCAAAUUUAAUCAUCGCGUUGGCGUGCUAAUACCAUACAAAGAUAUAUUAAACAAUCGAGCGACGGUGCUUAGCAUUUAACCAAAAAACUGAACAUUCCGAUCGAAAAAGGUUGAAAACUUGGUCUUCAAAUUAAGGUAAUCCACUUUUCCCGCUCUUUUCGGUUCUUUCGGUAGACGCGUGUACCAUUUGUCGGAAGUCAAAGUUUCCCGCUCUUUUCUUACCAUUAGUAACGAUAUUUUAACUUGCAGGAUUAGGUUAAGUGGUAAGCACCCCUAUUAAUAGUUGCUUUUGUCAUUCCCUUGAGUAUUAUUACUUUUCCUCAGUAACGUUUGAGAAGGUAUUUUAAUAUGGAUGGCUUCGAGUAAAGAAUUUAUAUCUUAUGGGAAUGGCAUGUGCCUAUUUACGAUAUCAUCAAAAAAAGUUGCGAUUUGAAUAAUCUUAUUAUUAUACAUUUUGUAAACUGAGAAUGUAAAUUUAAUUUUGCUUGAGAAACAGAAACAAACCUUGUCUCGGCAUCUGUUGGGACAUUCGGAGUGAACUUGACAUAAGUGUAUUGUAAACAAUUUUUAGUGGCAAUACAUUUACCGUGUCAAGCUUAUAUUAUCUAAUUGGCUCUAUGUAUAUGCGUUCUCCUCGACCAAUCAGAGAACAGAUAGAAUAUAUAAUACUGAUUUCUAUAUAAAUUUGUAUAUAUAAAACGAGGAAUCCGGUCGAGUAUACCUGGUCGAUUUUCUCCAAAGGAAUGAUGUGUCAUAUUUUUACUAACGGAUUAUAGGUAAAUCAAUUGGCCCCACAUAACAUUUGGGAGUUCCUCAAACUACACACAAUACUACAUGGUCAACCUUAGACUGUUUAUGAGGUCAGUUUAGCCGGGUUUAAAAGUUUCAAGAAAAUGGAACAAAUUUACAUAAGGCAGUUUUGGGGUUAGGUUCAGGCUUCGUAAGUAAUUGAUUAUUGAGAGGAAGGCUGGCUCCACGGCGAAGAGAACAAUAAGAAUCGCAGGCUCAGCAUAGUUGACGAUUGAUAAGAGUUUAUGCUAAUUAAAUUAAGAAUUAGGUAAAUAUAAAAGAUGUUAAAGUAUUAAACAUAGGGCCUAUGGCCUUGCAUUGCAUUUAAGAUCUCAAUAUUUUAUCCAGUCACUAGCCAUGAAAUGUCUAAAUAGACUGGACUAUAUACACCGAAUCCAAAUAUGUUUCUGGACUGACUAGCCUCGUGUUCACGUAGAAACAUAACAGCGUUUUCGCAUGUAAGGGCAAGUCAGUCGAUUCGAUGUAUUGAGGUUGUGAGUUAAUCAAAUAUGGUAAAUUCCCAUGUAAAACGUUGAUAAAUUGGGUUAAGUUUCAGUAAUGCAGACAUCAAAAUUAUCCAACCUUUGAUUUGUUGUUGCAGAGCCAAUGCUGCUCGUAUAGAGGCUUUGCCUCAUCACGUUAUGGCAGCCAUGACAGGGGGCAUAACAAUAGAGUCUUUCCCCCUGGGAGACUAAAUCCUUUCUAAUAUAAAUCAGACUAGACCAGAAUCAAUUGUUCCUGCCUCCUGUCAUGACUGCCAUCACGUGAUGGUGCAAAACCUCUAUAGGGUAUUUGCAACAGACAGUCACUUGCAGAUAUAUCCAACUUUGAUAAAGAAUCGCUUCUUCCAAAGGUCCAUUGAAGAAGGCUCUGCUGGAUGGCAAACAAAAUUUAAAAUGCUUCGUAACUUGAAAUCGGAACAAAGUAUCUUAUAAGGGAAAAAAUUAUUUUGAUAGAGGUUUUUGAUAUAAAAUAAGUAAUAAUCGAGCAAAUUUUGUCGCAUCCAGUAACAGUGUUGUGAUUAUUUCUUUCAAAUGGCCUAUUGCCACUCCUGCAAAUGGCCCAUUGCAACAUUGCCAAAAUAAAUAAAAAAAUAAUAAAAAAAUAAAGGAAGAUCAAAUUAGAACACGAUUUUGUUUUCCGUAUUACUGAACCCUAAACCAAUAUUAGAUUUGAAAUAAGAAUUCAAUUGUAAUAAAAAAUGCUGAUUAAAAAAGAAACUGUAA